CCGGGAGGAAACUUUCAGCCGCAGCACAUGUCUUUAAAACAGAGAGUUAUCCCGGCCCAGAUCGAUUCAGGUGAAAAAUGAGCCCGCUUUGGUGUCUCCUGCUCCUGUUCCUGCGCUCCGCGGAGCCCCGCCACGUCCACGCCGCUCGGAGCUCCGAGUCCGCGCUGCAGGUGCAGCCUCCGGGGGAUGCGGGGUCACACUUCUCCCCGGAGAGGGACUCUCUGGACCGGGUGGAGAGCUCCGGGAAGCGGAUCGCCCGAGGGGCCAAAGACGGGGGUCCCAGGAAGAGAGACCCCGCCAACAGUUUAGGACGCCCGCGGAAAUACGAGGACCCGAGCGGCUACUUCACCACCCCGCGGUCCGCCCGCCUCACCCCGGCGGCCCCGCCGGGCCACAACUCGUCGUCCGGCCGCGCGACGGGGCUCCUCAGCCCGCUGUUCCCGGUCACCGACGGCUCCUACUGGGCGUACGCGGUCAUGCUGCUCGCGCUGGUGCUGUUCGCGGCGGGCAUCGUGGGGAACCUCGCGCUCAUGUGCAUCGUGUGGCACAACUUCUACCUGAAGAGCGCGUGGAACAGCAUCCUGGCGGGACUCGCCUUCUGGGACUUCCUCGUGCUCUUCUUCUGCCUGCCCGUGGUCGUCUUCCACGAGCUCACCAUGAAGCGGUUGCUAGGAGACCUGUCCUGCCGGCUCGUGCCCUACCUGGAGGUGACCUCUCUGGGCAUCGCCACCUUCAGCCUCUGUGCUCUGAGUAUCGAUCGCUUCCACGCCGCCACCGGCCCCGGGCCCCAUCAGACUCCCAAGGUGGAGCCGUGCCACUCCAUCCUGUCCAAGCUGUCGGUCAUCUGGGUGGGCUCCAUGGUGCUGGCCGCCCCCGAGCUGCUGCUGUGGCAGCUCCUCCAGGAGACCGUCAGCCUGCCCGCCCUCCCCACCGACCUGCAGCAGAGCCAGGCCGCCGGCUCGCUCAUGGCGGCCUUCAGAACGCGGGCCGACGCCUUCAAGGUGGACAUCUGCGUGCGCGAGCCGUCCGCGGCGCUGCCGGAGGGCGUCUACUCGCUGGUGCUGACCUACCACGAGGCCCGCAUGUGGUGGGUGUUCGGGUGCUACCUGUGCCUGCCGCUGCUCUUCACCCUGGCCUGCGACCUGGUCACCAGGCAGGUGUCGGCCCAGCGCCUCCCGCAGAAGCCCGGCGCCGACAAGGCGACGGGAAGAUGCUCGUCUUCCUCCUCCUCGUCUUCCUCGUCCACCAAGAAGAAGCCGCACGCGCGGGAGCAGAGGCUGCGCACCACGGUGAUGGCCCUCACCACCCUGUACGUCGCCUGCAACCUGCCGGAGAGCGUCACCAACAUCGUCCUGGCGUACGUCUCCGCCCCGGCGUCGGCCGCGCUGCCCGCCCUGGCCCUGCCGGCGCUCGGCCUGACCGGACAGUUCCUGCUGUUCGCGCGCUGCUCGGCGACGCCGGCGCUGCUGCUGUGCCUGUGCCGCUCGCUGGGACAGGCCUUCAUGGAUUGCUGCUGCUGCUGCUGCGAGGAGUGCCUCCCUGACGGCAGCUCCUCGUCCUCCUCCGCCUCCACCGCCGCCACCUCCACCCUGUCCUCGCCCACGUCGCUCUCGCCCUGCUCCCUGUCCCCCGCCGGCAAAGACGAGACGGUGACGGGCGUGCUGCCUCCGGAGCCGGCGGCUUGUGGUGGCUUGAAGGACUCGUCGGCAGCUAUCGGGACCCCCUGCUGAGCCGCACGGCUGCUU